CACGUGGAUGCUGCAUACCCACGCCUCCGCACGUGUUCGCCGUGCUUUACGACUUCUUGAGGAUUUUUUGGGCUUCUUGACUCCUCCCCCACGGCCAACGUAUAUUAAUCACCGAUGACAAGCGUAAGGUACCCAGAGCAAGCGAGACAUCCCAGCUAGAGACUGAAGAUCUGAACAGCAGCUUUUCUCAUCCCACGAACAGAGACUCACAGAGAGAAGAGAGCACCAUGGUCAGCGAUCAGCGCUUCGUGAUCAGUGCCCGGAUCAUUGGAUCCGUGGUCAGGGACUCACCAAAACUCAAGGUAAGUGAUGCUCUGCAUCACAAGUUCAUUUGCACAUUAUAUCAGUGUGUAUUAUUUCUGUUUUGAUAUUAUUUUGAUCAUUUUUUCCACUCUCUCCAAAGAUGUUCAUGAUAUCAGUGCUAUGGUCUGAUGAGGCUGAAGUGAUUAUCUACAGGUCCUUCCAGGAUUUUAAGAAAUUUCAUGUAAGUAUCAGAAUAAAACACAAAAAAAAACACAACUUGUUUUUCUUAAAUUGUGAACACAUUUAGUAAUCAUAAUAAUAAGCAAUAUCCCAAUGUUUCAUCUUUAAACAGAGGCAGCUGAAGAAGAGAUUCCCCCACAUGAACCCCUUUCGGAAAGACAGAGUGAUCCCCAAAUUUAAUGGUAAGAUAUCUUUUUUUCUACUUUUAAUUGGUCUCUAUUGAACAUUUACAGCAUUAUGUUGUAACACUAUCUUUUAACAAGAAAAGCAUAGAAGAAUUAUUAUUCUUAUGCAACUAAAAUCAGCAUGAACAUAAUUCAUCUCUACAGCACCUCUUCUUUUUAAAAUUCUCUGUCCAUAAACAUUUAGAAAAGCAAUUCAAGGACUCCAAAGUCGAGUAGCAUAAACCUUACAACUGCAUCCUCUCCUCUCCUCAGGGAAGGCGAGGAGAAGCCUCCAGCAGAAAGGGUCAAAGCGAACCCUGCGACGCAUGAAGUUCCUGGAGGGCUACUGUAUGGAGCUGCUGAAGUGCGACCAGAUAGUGACCCAGAGCUCAGAGCUCACUCGGUUCUUCACGCCCAAAGACCACGACCUGAAGACUGAUUUCACCAAGAACAGGUAGGUGCAUCAUGUCAUGAUUGAGUCCAAAUAAUGCAAAAAGUUGAAAGGACGACUGAUUCUGACAUUCCUCCUCCCUUUUCUUGCAGCAUUAUGAUCCUGCUGUCUGAUGGCCCAGAUGGAGAAGGAGGAGACCAACAGCCUGCAGGGAACGUCACUCACCCCAUGGUCACCCAGACAUACCGCUGCAUGGCCGCUUAUGAGACAAAAGAUGCCAAGAACCGUCCCUUUAAGGUGGCUGUGGAUGAGAAACUGGAUGUCCUCAUUAAGGACCCUGCAGGUCAGAGUUUUAGCUUGUAUUAAACUGCAACAUUCAGAAGUGUCCUCUUUUUUUCAACUGGCUAAAUGUAGUUUCUUUUUUUUUUCUCUGCAGGUUGGUGGCUGGUGGAGAACGAGGAGAAGCGCUUGGCUUGGUUUCCUGCUCCUUACCUGGAGUUGUGGGAAACAGAGGAUGACGAUGACGAUGUUGCUGGAUUCCAGUUAGGAGGUAGAGUACUUAUUUGUCACAGAAAGAAUGCAAGUAGGGUAAAUAACAAGGUUGCGUAACUGUACUUUUGCCAGGACAAUGGUUGAAUCCCUCACUAAUUGUUCAAAGUCAUUUUACAUACUUACAGUUAAUCCCGGCUGUUACAAAGAGCAGACACUAGGGAGCUCUCUUUGACCAUUUUUUUGAAAUACAUGCUUCCUUUUUGAGCUGACUUGACUUUUUUCCUUCCGCCUUUCUUGUAGUGUAACAUUAUUCUCUGUUUGCCUCUUUCAGGUACCCUGUACUGUGCCGUGAAGAGUUACUCAGCUAAAAAAGAUGACGAGGUGUCAGUGCCCAUUGGCUCUGUGGUCGAGGUGCUGAGAAAGUCUGAUGAUGGCUGGUGGCUCAUCAGGUAUGCCUCUUUUGUCCUUCAGUCUGCUGUAAACAAUAGAGGGAAUAUAGAGCACAGGCUGUGGUAGAAAUUCCAUCAAUGCCUUAUUCAUGUACACAUCAGAGAGAGGAAGAAAGCAGGUUUUAUUCUUGGUGCCAUAUGUCCUAUGUGCUUGUUUACAUCUUGGUAGAGCAAUAUAGGAGUUAAAACCCUUGAUUGUGGUAGGUAGCUCAACUGCAGCUAAGAAACAACAUAUGACUGAAAUUUCUGGCCAGUAAUAUAAGAAUAAUUCUUAUAUGUGUAGAAAAUAGCCACCGGGAAAGCACAGGUGAUAUUUAGCAUGCAUUGAAUGAGAUUUUUCAGGUUGAUUUGAUCUCCUUAUCCCUUUCAAUCCUCUCUUCAGAUUUAAUGGUAAAGGAGGUUACAUCCCUGCCAUGUACCUGCAACCCUACAACAACCCUCGCACUGGUCUUUACAGUGUGCAAAGGAAGCUGCACAGCUCCAACCUGAACCUGUCUGCAACCAGCAGCGAACCUCGCUCUUCUCCUCCACCCAGCAUCACUGAAGAAACCAGUCUGCAAGAUUCUGCAGGGCCAUCCAGAGAAGAGCCCAGUUUGCCUCAACGUCUGCACAAGGCUCGGUCUCUGGAAGUCCUCUCUGAGACCUGGACACAGGCUCAGCAGACAGAGAGGGACGCCUCCACCUCAAACGGUUUCACUCGCAGAACAAGCAACACCAGCACAGAGCUCAGCUUCUCCGGUUUCUCCUCAGACAGCGAAUCCUCAAGCGUGACAGAGGGAGUGCAGCAGCGUGAUGCCAGUGAAAGUGCAGGUAGCAGUACUGAUCUGAGCCUGUCUGACCGUCGCAGCUCCGGCAAGAGUUCCAAAAGCUCCGGAUCAGCCUCUGGUGGCAGCAACACAUCCUUGAAUGCUCCCAAGGUGCCACCCAGACCCAAAACUGAAGAGAUCCUGAACCGCUGCACCACCAUGACAAAGAAGGCAGCCCUUGCUACCAAAACCCGGCUUCAGAAGCAGCCGCAGCCCAUCCAUGGCCGCUGAGAAGUCUAAGAUUUGACAUUUGGCUCUAAAAUCAUACUUGUAAAAAUACAUUUAAUUCAAGAUGUAUGAGAUUUUACUCCAUAAACCUUCCCAUAGGUCUGUCGGUCAAAUCAGCCAGGUGGCAUCACUUUGUGAUCCUUGUCAGACCAGUUAUUGAUGAGAAGAAGAAGUAAUGAGGAGAGAAAUGUUUGCUGAAUCCAUAAACUGAUGUCUAAACAUUUUUCUUUUGAUCAGAGGAGACCUGACAUCUUUGGUUUGAUGUUUCACUCCGAUGUAGAACCAUGUAGCUUCAAUGAAGCAUAGAGGAGAGCGGGUAAAAAUGUAUGUGAAGUGAUCACAUUAUUUAAAAAAAAAAAAAAAAGAUGUUUUUUUCUCUCACUGAAAGGAAAGUUGAAGUAAAAUUGAGGUUAAAGAUGUUAAACAUUUACACUUCAUUGUAUACAGCCUUACUAUACUAAAUUUAAGUACUACUAUUUUACAGGAAAUAAAAAGUUAUUCACAUCUUCCAUUUUUCUGUAUCACACAUGUAGAACUUAAUCCUGUUACUCUGUUAUAUUUUGCCAACUUAAUGUACCUACUUUAUGCUCUUAAAUUACGCUUGCCUGUUGUGAAUGAUGGUCAUGGAAACACCUGUAAACAGAUGAUGGGUGCGGUGUACAAACUGAAGAGGAUGGCUUACGAGUGUCUUGCCUGAACUUGUUUUGUUUAAUUAUAACUAUUUUAUGAGUGUGUUCAUUCCUCUCUGUACACAGUUUACUGCAGUCUGACCUUUUUCUAUUGUAUGAGUUACACAGAAACAGAUAAAUAAAUUCUUAUUUGCACCAAAGUGACAAA